AAGAAGGGAGACCUCAGUGUUUGCAAGAACUGGUGAGGAAUCGUGUUCCUGCCAACACAAGGCAAGCAAAGUAUUAUGCUGCAUCAUCCUGAAGAGACAAAAAGAUGCGCUGAAUUGAAAAUUACGACGGGAACAGGCUGGCUGGAUUCAGGAAGUCCAGAUCAUGUGCGGAUAAAGUUGAAACACUACGCUACGCAUCAUCAUAGAACAGAGCACAGAAUGACAGUCAACUCUCAAACCCACCUCAACUUCAUGGAUUUUGAAAAGGCCUUGGACAGUGUCGACCGAGAAGUAAUUUGGCAGGCAGCUGCUUCAACACUACGGAAUAACACAAACCUUUAUCAACCUCAUUCAACAACUAUAUUGCCUUAUGAUGCUACAUGCCACAUGCCAAGUAAUUCACAGUGGGAAGCUCAGUGAUGCCUUUGAAGUGAAGUGAAGUGAAGACAGGAGUAAGAGAAGGCUGU